AUGUCUUCAACAGCGAGAGCGCCAGCUGCAGCAGCUGAUCAGGGUAGCAGUACCGAGCCUCAAUGGACUCUACAAGAAUUGCUGACCUUCCUCACGAAAGACGCAAAGAUCCCACUGAAGGAUGCAAUGGGGUACGCUCAAAUCAUUAUGAAGGAGAAGUGGAAUAGGCCGUCGAGGUUACUGGAGGCAAAGCUUGAAGGUGUGAAAGAGAAAGUAACGAAAGGCGAAGCAAAGCCUGCGCAGGCCAUCCUGAGAGCUGCGAAGAAGAUCACUGGACAGGGAUUAAGUCCGAGUGGCAAAAAGCGACCCGCAGAAUCGGAAAACACUGCAGGAGCACUCAAACGCUCAAAAACCGGCAUCGCCUUCCCAGCUCUCCACCCAAACCCCUCCUCUCUCUCCCACAUAUCCCUAACAACCAACCGCGCCCCCCUCCUCCUGGCCUACACCCUCACCCUCCUCUCCCGUACCCACCCAACCCUCUCCCUCGACUCCCGUCUGUCGAUCGCACAAGCAUAUAUCAGUGCCAACGCACGGAGCUAUGGACGCGAUAUCGGGGUUAUUGAGGGAGGGGGGGUUGAUGAGAAAGCCGAGGUUGAGGGGUUUCGGAAGGUGCAGGUUAUGGGGAGGGUGAUUGCUGUGCUUGGGAGAUCACGGGAUGAGGGGGAGGAAGAAGAGGAGGAGGUGAGAGCGUUGGAUUUGGAUCCGAAUAGGGUUGGGAUGAGGGAUCGGGACGGGCAGCCGGCUGUGUGUGAGCCUGGUGGGGCAUGGGGCUAUCUUGCCCGUUCCUUCCCUGGGGACGCACUGGGUCAACUCCUCUCUGUUCUUGAAGCGGUGAUGGAGUCUUGGUGCCCCGAUCAUCCUCAUGACCCCAACGAUCUUAAAGCUGACCAAGAACGACGUGAUCUCGAUCGCAGGGGAUAUGGACUGUAUACCCGUAUCCGGCCAAAUGUGGAGUAUGGAAAGGCGGGAUGGGGACAAAAAGGUGAAGUGCAGCUGGGUGAUAUCCUUGCUUUACGGCGUGAAGAAGUUGAUGGGGGAACGAGGCAGGUUGGUAUUGAGGAAGUUGUUGCUGGGAUGAAGGAGGAGGGGGAUCAGAGUAGGAGUGGUGAAGUGAGUGCACGUGGUCUGAACGUGGAGGGCGGGAAUGUCGCGGUGGAACCGAGGCCGGAAGAAGAGGCAGAGGUUGUGAAGAAGGAGCAUGGAGGAAAGCAAAUGGGUAUCGAGGAGGCCGUGAGUCAUAUGGUAUCUGUGCCAGAGGAAGUAAAGCAGUUUAUCAAGGACGAGAAAGAGGAAGAACGAGUUCGGCCGAAGGAAGAGGUCAAGUCUGAGACGAGGCAACUAGGUAUCGACGAGAUGUUGCCGAAGGCAGAGCCAUAG